CUAAUUGGCAUGGACACAGUUAGGCACGUGCACUAUAAAAUGCCCGCCCAAAUGUGUAAUCCUUGCGAGCAAUUCGACUGUACGUUGAAAAAUUAUCAAAACGUAUUGGGUUAAGACUCUCGUGGUUUUCAUACUCUAUAAGAAAAAAUUCAAAUUGUGGAAUACAAGUGCAAAGUGUGGAAAAAGCUGGUAAAAAUAUUAACAAAAAGAUUUGGAGUGCUUUAUUGUUAAGGUUUAGACGAUAACGAAGUAUAUUUCCUAGCCGGCACAGUAACACGGGAUCUUAAACUCGCUGGUCAUAAUAUUUUAAGUGGGAGAUUAUGUACCAGUAUUUGGGCUUUUCAGGUGACCAGUCGCUGACGCUAGACCAUUAACAAUAUUACCAUUUGGAUCCCUUUUGUAGUUAAUUUCUUAUUAUACGAACUUCACAAUUUUAGCAGCAUAAAUACUUUUAAGAUCCAAUGAUUAGCUUGUUUUUGUUUUGAUGUUUUUAAUGACUGAAAUAUAUUCACCAAGGAAUCAGGUCGUUUUUCUGUUGUUGAAAAGCAGCUACCUAUACUGUACAAAUUUAUAUAUAAAGGUAAUUAUUAUUAAAUAAGGACUUAUUUAAAAUAAGUCCUUGGAUAUUUCAUAUAUAUAUGAAAUAACCAAGUCCUUAGAGACAUCUUCAAAUUUAUUUCUUUAGUACUUCAGACGUGAAUCACAAACAUUUAUUCAUUGCCUUAUCCGUCUUGUUAGAUGCGAUGGUCAGAUCCUUGCUGAGGUUAUUUCGAUACAGAUUUAAAUGUAAUAAAAAAUAAAUUAAAAAAAUAGUAAAAAAAAAGCCUAAAAUCGUGACUAGCCUUUUGAAUAUGAUCAUACGCAUCAUUGUAGCAUUAUAAGGUGCUGACAUCGUAGGAACGAGCACUAUGGUUUGUUUGUUAUCGCUUUUUUCUGAUUUUCGCACUACACACCGUGUAAAUUUGUAUUACUCGUAUCAGACAGCAUUGAUGUGACGUUUCAAAUCAGACCAUAAGAUUUUAGCAGAAAAGAUCUAUUUUAGUGUAAAUGGACUUUCAAAGAGACUGAUGUAGAAUCCAGCAGCGGCGUAUUACAAGCUAGAUUAGCGGACUGUCGUACAACAUAACAACCCGCUAAUCUAAGUUCAAGUUGGGUGUUGCAAUAAUAAUAGAAUAUUGCUUCAAUUGUAGAAACAAUGUAUGCAGUAUACAGAUGCUCAUUCAAACAUUAUCUAUGGCUAUUUGUAAAAUAUGCCAUUACGUUCAGCUUUAGUGGAUAAAAUGCUCGCCUGCUAAUAAUAAUAAUAAUAAAGGGCACGUUGUCCUCUAGGUUCGAACCAAUAAGGCAUAGACAGACACACGUCGUCAUUUAUCGUCUGAUCGAAUAUCGCCUAACAGCGAUACCAGACGUAAAAUUCCAAACAUAGAGCUACAUUAAGCUUGCCUCCAUAUAAGUUGUUGUCUAUAAGAAAGAGCAACGUUUUUGAUAUCUAAGUAAGAGGUGAAAGAUAGCACUGAUCUAAGGCAAAAAAAAAUUGAAAGGACUAAGUGUGCUUGCACUGCUUGCCUGCCCUGAAAUGGCUUUGUUUCAUGGCAGGAUUUGUUUUUUUAGGUUUUCUACACAUACACAUACAGACACAAAACGCACAUACACACGCGUACACAUUUAUGCCAUACACACACACACACACAAACACAUACAUAGAGAACUAAAUUUCUCCGAGAAUCUUAAAAAAGAACGAACAAUUUAUUUACUAUGAUUAGCGCAGUUUGUUUGGGCUAUAUAAUAAGAUAAGGUACAGAAGAUUUGAUUUUGAACACGCUGCUUUCUUACUGCAUUUGGGCGGUAUACUAUACUUGUUUGGCAAGUAUUUAAUUUUCUCUAACGUUUUCUUCAGAAAUCAACAAAAUGGAGCAUAAGUCGAUAGAAGCCAAAAAGGUGACUUUCUAACAUACAGAACGUACUAAAUUUUGCGUAGUCAAUAUAAUCGAUACAUUAACAGAAAACAGGAAAGAAAAAUGCUGUUAUGCAAAAAAAGCAUUGACAAGACAAAUCCUUCCAAUACUGCUAUAUCGUCUAGCUAUAUCCGUAACUUCUAGGUUCAGUUUUGCAAGAUGAUAUAUAAAAAGACCAAAUCACACAAAAUCCAAAUUAUCUUCAACGAGAGGACCAAAUCAUUUAGACGAUCCUUGCAGUUCCGAAAUGUUUGGCAGGCAAUUGCGAAAGAUGGUCUUGCAAUUUGCCUUGAAAUUUUACCCCAGGCAAGAGUACUCGCUAUUUUCAAUGGUGGUUUUUAGUAAACUCGGUAAAUAUAGUGGUGGGUGAUAGUUAAGUAAGUCUAAUAUGUAGACUUUCAAGCCUAAUAAUAUCAAUUGAACAGCUGAGCUGUUAACCAGCUGAUCCCGGUUCGAGUUGUUCAUUAGACUCACGCAGACGUAUGUAGUGUUGGGGGUAUUCCGUGAUUCCGUCCCCGCAAUUCUGGGGUCAAGCAUUCAGGACAAUUAAAAUAUAGCACAUCCAAGCGCCUGCGUUCGUUUUCUAGCUCAUGCCAAAAUAGUUACAAUAAGGUGGGUGGGCACUAGGAAUAGCUAAAGUAUAUAAUAGCGUUCAAACCGAACGUAGACGCACUGCAUUUUAUGCGGCAGCUCCGGAUGUGAAACUUGAAAAAGGUACCAAUCCCAUUCUGCCACUAAACUUCAAUCGUUUAUAGUUGUUGCAGUGGUUUGUUCAUUUGGGUUUCGUGACUUGAAUUUCACUAGCAGAGGAUUAGAUUAGUCUUUUCCCUUGGGAGAAGAGAUGAAGAAAACGAAUAAACCAACAAAGAAAAGUCAACGACUUGCGAAUGAAUGAACGUCUUGGUACGCUGGUUAACGUUUGUCUGUCAAAAAAAAGGCCCGAGAUAUACUUAGUAUGUAAUGAUGUUAGCCUUGGCUAUGGAUUAGUUUUUGCUUCAGGCAGACUAAACCGCCGACAAGAUGGUACAAUAUCCCGCUCAACUUCGUAACGCGUCGCGACGCAUGAUACAGUGUGUGAUCGCCAGACAAAUGUACAAUACCAGGCCUUUAAACCGAUCUCAAGGGCCUAUUUUGGCACAGUCGAUCGCGUCGUCUCAACUAUUAAUCCGCGGCAAUUUAAUCACUUAUGUAAAUAUACAUGACAGACGCAUUGCAGGCUGCCUACAUACUGCAGUUUCACUGCAACAACAGAGUUCCCGUGGCGACAGUCCUGUGGUGCCAUUCAUCUUAUCCGAUAUUGGCGAGGGUAUUUCUGAGGUAACGAUUAAAGAGUGGUUCGUAAAAGUUGGUGAUCGUGUCAGACAAUUCGACCCGAUCUGUGAAGUACAAUCAGAUAAAGCGUCGGUGACAAUUACAUCUCGCUAUGAUGGUGUUGUCGUUAAGCUCCAUCACCAGGUUGAGGCGCUCGCCGCAGUGGGGAAGCCGCUUAUUGACAUUCAACUAGAUGAAUCUGACAAGAGUUUCGCUGGUGGGGUUGGUAAUAAUGGGGUUGCUAUGACGACAUCGGACCCAAGAGCUUUUAGUAGCCCGCCGGGACCUUCUGAGGACUCAAAAAAAGGACAAGUGUUAGCCACUCCUGCUGUCAGACGAAUGGCUGCAGAGAUGCAGGUCCCUUUGACUGAAGUGACAGGGACAGGCAAAGGAAACCGCGUGCUUAAGGACGAUAUUUUCGCCUAUCUUGAUCGGCAGCAGCGAGUACACGUGAGUGGGCCUUCUACCGCACGAGUGAUCUCUACCAGCGCGACUGCAGCGCCAAUCGAUUUAACUGACACCAGUCAAGUGUUACCACUGAAAAGACAACUUGAAGCAAAGACUGCCCCAAUUUCUGGUUAUACUCGCACCAUGAUCAAAACGAUGACAACAUCAUUACAAAUUCCGCACUUUGGGUACAAGGACGAGAUAAACCUUACUACGUUGGUGAGCCUUCGUAAGGAAAUGGCAGAGGAGGCAAAGCAAUACGGGGUAAAACUUUCUUACGUGCCAUUUUUCGUCAAAGCCGCAUCUCUUGCCCUGUACCAGUAUCCCAUAUUGAAUAGUUCGUUGUCAGAAUCUAAAGAUCAAAUCAUCUAUAAAGCUGAGCACAACAUUGGUUUGGCUGUGGAUACUUCUAUAGGAUUAAUUGUGCCCAACAUUAAAAAUUGUCAGAACAAGAGCAUAUUGGAAAUUGGCGCCGAAUUAAGUCGUCUGCAGUCGGCUGCUAAUGCCGGACAGGUAUCCGCAGAUGAUCUUAGCGGAGGAACUUUCGCGUUAUCUAACAUAGGAUCGAUCGGUGGCACGUACACUUUUCCAGUGAUUCUACCACCAAAUGUUUGUAUAGGAGCCCUUGGACGCAUUCGAAAGGUACCUCGAUAUCUGGAAGACGACACUAUUGUGCCCGCACACGUGCUGGAAAUCAGCUGGUCCGCAGAUCACCGUAUUAUUGACGGAGCAACGAUAGCGAGAUUUUCGAACGUCUAUAAACGUUACCUCGAAAAGCCUCAUCUACUUUUAAUGCAUCUUCAGUAACUGGUCGCGGAUCUUUGAAAAAAGUUGCGAGCAUUUAUGUUUCCCAGGGACAUGUCAGAGACAUUACAGAGAGAGGGACAAGCGACGUUGUUGCAGGUCUAAUUCGUGGAGGGAUAUGUAUGGGGAUGUAAAGGACUAUUUGUGAAUGGAAAUGUCUUAUUUUCAUGCCUUUUCAUGCUAUGGUGAAAUGUUCUACUUAUACAAAUAAUUUUGCAAUGCAACGCUAAAUUUACAUCUAGGUCAACCGGUGUAUUAGUGUUUUUAACGCCCGAAUCAAUGACCUCUUUGAGACUUGAAUACUCGUUUAGCCUCACGCUUAAUGACGUACAAUUAAGCUGUCGGCUGCGAUGGUAGUACAAAGGUCAUUGAUGUACUUCUAAUGAAGUACAUCAAUUAAUAAUAAUAAUUAAUAAUAAUUAGAUGUACCGAUAGGCUUUAACAGGCCAAUCGUAUGGAUGAGCAAACCCUAUAAAGUGGCAUUAUCUCGUUCCUGUAUUUGGUAUCAUAAGUGAACGUAUCUGCUUAGUUACACGGAUUGAUAUUCUCUACCUGUUUGAAUAUAUAUUCUAAAUUGUUCUCUUCGUAUUCAUGUUCAUGGACCUGUUUUUCAAAAUUGUAGCUCAUACAAUGGCUCGCACCAACUAAUCAAAUUGACAAUAUAUAUGUACUUAUAGAAGUAGUUGCUAUUUGACGUAAACAUUGCGCGGCAAAAUUUGAAGCCCUCGAACUGUGUCUGAUUGUUGAUGCCAAAAAUAAUACGUGUUGUACAAAUGCAGGCACAUAUAUGUAUAACCAGUAGUCACAUCAGCCAUAUACGAGUCCUAUAAACAAAUGCGAAUCUUUGCUUUGAAUUUUGAAUUGAGAGCAAAUAAUGAUGGCAAACGAGACAUGGUUAUUCCGCGCUUGACGUUUGCCUAAUGGUAUGUGUAUAAAUAUAUGUACGUGCCAUAGAAGCUAAGCAGUUGCGCGCACAGGUUGCGUCAAAGUUAAGCUGGGAAACGGGAAGUUUUGGCAUAAAAGUUCAAGCCAGCGUCGGAUAAGAACUUCGUUUGUUAGAAGAGUCUGGUUGAUGAACUCUACAUCUUCAUAUCUCUCUUUUUCUCUCUCAUAAAUUCCACACUUGACCCGAACCCCAAUUUCUUUUGCUUCUUGCUUUGUGUCUUUCUCUACGUUUUAUAAACGCGCAAACAAAAACGACAUCAGUAUUUCCAGCUUGAUGUAUACCACUAGGCUGCGCCUUAAGACCAACAGAUAACCCUAGAUUUGUUGCAUGGCAGAGAUUAGUCUGCCAAUCAUCUGCGGCAAUGCAUGCGACCACAGCAAUGUUACUUAUAGAUUCUACAAUUCAUAUAAUACACAGAAUUUGUAACCUGCACCUACCACAGGAACAAAUAGUUCGAUGUGCUGUAGUUAUCAUUUAAGUGGGAAAAAUAUUGAUUAGUACCGUUUUCUAAAUAAAUUUGUUCUAAGAAUUCCGAGUACAGUCGUUUGGCUAUAAUUGAAGACGAGCUACUUUUUAGUAUAUGCAGCAUGCCGAAAUUUGCCUCUUACUUUGUCGAUCUAUCUAUCUUCAUGAUUUCGAAUAGGAAACAUGUAAAAAAUCAAGUGGUUAUAUUAGUCUAGGUCCACACAAACGUAACGAACUUGAUGUUUCAGCGACGGCUUCGAACAAAAGCGACUACUGCAAGUAUUACUCAGACUUGUAGUUCGUUGACGUUUCUAUGCGUCAGGCGGGUUAUUUUGUAUAAAGUAAAUAGCAAUUAAUGAGUUCCUUACAUGUUGUACCUGAUAACAGGUGUUAUUCGACAUUAGUAUUAUUGAUGGCGACAAUGUUAAGGUCGUGUUGUACAUGAGUAUUGUGUGGAUUUCAGAUUUUUACUGUUAGCUAUUGGCACAGGCAUUUAAAGUGGUCGCAGGAGAAUCUUGUUUAUAUAAUUAUAAGGUUCCAUUCACAUGAAAACAGCUUGUUGUUUGUUAGAACAAGUAUGUCUAGCAAUAGGCCACUUAGCUUCGAUGCUCGCAGAAGAUGAAUAGGCACGGCGAAGUGGGCGCUAAAACUCUGGUAAACAAGUUUAUUACGCUAUUGUGCGCCGACAGUUGUGAGGAAUUAUACCAUCUGCCUAUACACACAAAACAUUCACAUCCAUUACUGUACCGAUUUUUAUAUAGUAACAAAAGAGAUAGCGUUUUUGUUACGUACAUUUAUUUACAGUUCUCUUAAGGUUCUCUAAAGAGAAAAAAUAGUUGGGUUUUUACAAAGAAAAAAAAGUUUUCAUUCAUGUACAAUAUAUUAGGUUUAUGCAAUAGCUACUAGCAUUACAGUUGCUACAUUUCAAGUUCCGAGAAACUUAAUUGUAGCCUUGGGAAUUGGUUCAAUAUCAGGUCGGUAGAUUUAUUACACUUUUAUACAUCGUUUAUACUGUCGUUAGCGCUUGGUAAGGCAACGGGCUUGCUGGUAGCAGCCAUAUGGUUUUUCCAUUGGCUGGCGACGCCUAUUCGGCCAAAUGAAGCAUCAGCUUUUGG